AUCAUAUUCAGAGUCAUUACUUUCUCUUCUUCAAAUCAUCCGGUUUUUCUUCCUUUUUUUCCUUCAAAAAAUUUCCCGAGAAAAUUGAAUCCUUGUCCUAAACCAAGACCUGUAGAUCUCACCCCGAAUUCUUGCCGAUAAAUAUGUUUCUUUUAGAUUCUUUUCCCAUAUUCCUCCUUUUCCGGGGCACAUAAAAACAUACUUUUUUCCCAUUAAUAAUAUCUAAGUUUUAUUGCUCUCAACCUUUUUGUUUCCCCAUCCGGAAAAUGCAGCUUGAUGACCCUAAAACGCAUGUUUUUGCCGAGCUGAUCAACGAGCAUUCGUUAAUUUUCAAUCAAGUUUCCUACCUUUGUUUGGCUCCUUUAGUCACUUGAAGGGGUAACUAUUUUUUUUUUAUAAUUCUUGGAGAUUCUUACAAGGAUUCAGUAAUCUGGGUUUUGUUUUCCUGAGUUGAUAGAUAACAAUUUUGAUGGAUCUGAGAUGUAGUUUGAGGAGAAACGGUUUGAGUCAAUUUCAAUGUUGAAAGUCAAUUUCAAUAUUAAUAAAGUGGAAUAAGAAGGGAGGGUUUCUCUUUUAUUGCGAUAAACUAGAGUAAGAUUCGAUCAUGGAGCAUAUUAUCGGUGGAAAAUUCAAGCUUGGUCGAAAGAUUGGGAGUGGAUCAUUUGGUGAACUUUAUUUAGGCAUUAAUGUACAAAGUGGAGAGGAAGUGGCUGUUAAGCUGGAAUCUGCCAAGACAAAGCAUCCACAACUUCACUGUGAGUCAAAGUUGUACAUGCUUCUUCAAGGGGGAACGGGUAUUCCACAUUUAAAAUGGUUUGGAGUUGAGGGUGAAUACAAUGUCAUGGUUAUUGAUCUUCUUGGACCAAGCUUAGAAGACUUGUUCAACUAUUGCAAUCGGAAGUUUUCUUUAAAAACAGUUUUGAUGCUUGCAGAUCAGUUAAUAAAUAGAGUUGAGUACAUGCACUCCCGGGGUUUUAUUCACCGUGACAUAAAGCCUGAUAACUUUUUGAUGGGUUUAGGGCGCAAAGCAAAUCAGGUAUACAUAAUUGAUUACGGCCUUGCAAAAAAGUAUAGGGAUCUUCAAACACACAAGCACAUACCAUACAGGGAAAACAAGAAUCUUACAGGGACAGCUCGAUAUGCAAGUGUUAACACUCACCUGGGAGUUGAGCAAAGCAGGAGAGAUGAUCUGGAAUCUCUUGGUUACGUGCUUAUGUACUUCCUCCGGGGAAGCCUCCCAUGGCAGGGUCUGAAGGCCGGUACCAAAAAGCAGAAGUAUGACAAGAUUAGUGAAAAGAAGAUGCUUACUCCCAUAGAGGUCCUUUGCAAAUCAUUUUCGUCUGAGUUCACAUCGUACUUCCAUUAUUGUCGAUCACUACGGUUUGAAGACAAACCAGAUUACUCGUACCUGAAAAGGCUGUUUCGGGACCUUUUUAUUCGUGAAGGCUAUCAGUUCGACUAUGUAUUUGAUUGGACUAUACUGAGGUAUCCACAGGUUGGCUCUAGCUCAAGAGCACGGCCAAGCCCAAAGCCAGGUUUAAAUCCCCCUGGAGCAUCUGCUGAAAGAACAGAAAGGCCUUCUGUUGGACAUGAGAAUCGAGAAAGGUUCUCUGGUGCAGUUGAGGCAUUUGCAAGACGAAACGGCUCUGGCCAUGGUUUGCAUGGUGAUCACUUGAGAUAUAGAUCUUCAGAGGAUUUGACAUCAUCAAAGGAAGCGCAACCUGAUUCUGAUAGGAUUCGCUCAUCGAGAAAUGAUAGUGCUUCAAAGAGGCCUGUCGUAUCAAGCAGCCGACCUGGCUCCUCUGGUGAGCCUAGUGAGAUUCGUUCUAGCAGAUUAUUCUCGACCAGUGGUCGCUUGUCAACGACUCAGAGAGUUCAACCCGGUUUCGAUUCCAAAGCAUCAUCUUUCACUCGUGCUGCAGCCACUAGAGGUGGCCUUGAUGAUACCCUACGGAGCUUCGAUCUCUUGACAAUUGGAAGUGGAAAAAGGAAAUAAACGACAGAUUCAACUGGUAAGAAGAAUUUUCCCUAUUCUAGUUUCUUCUGAUGGAGAUAACGGCACUAUAACGGCAUUCACAAACCGUUAUAUGCGUCUGUUACCGAGUUCCAUCACAACAAUCUCUUCAAUGAAUUCUAUCCCUGGAAAAAAAAAUAUCGAUCCGUCUUCUCAAACCGUUGUCAGGCAGUCUUGCUUGCUGUUAUGAUGCUUCUAGACUCGGGUAUAAGAAAGAGAUGAAAGAUCCCAUUUUAGGUAACUAUUCAUAUGUUUCCAGCACUCUAGCUGUGUAAAAAAACCUUGAUGUUUUAUUAUGCAACCAAUCUAAAGGUAAAUGUUGCUUCUCAUGUCUCAUUUCUGUGUAAUAUUAUUUAUAUAUAAUAUGUAUAUAAUGCUUAAUAAAUUAGUAAUAUUUAA